AUGGAAGUCAGCUCUUCGGAUCCGGAACUAAUAAGACUCGAGGCAAAGAUCGUUCGAAUGGGGCGGGCGCAAUACGGAUUGUCUGCUACUGUCGAUUGGAAUUACGAUGCGACCGAGGAAACUAUGGUUGAAUUCACUAUCCUUUACAGCACUUCGGGAGAUAAGAGAGACUAUAAAUUGCUCCCUUGGGCGAUUCCCAAACAAUCCCUUUACCACUUUCUCAGCACCUUCUACAAGGAUCGUUUAAUGGAUAAAUAUGAGUCCUGCACCAAUAUGCCUCACAUUAAGGACAAGUUUGAACCGCCCUGGCUAAAGCAGAAAUAUUACGCCGACAAAUGCGUGGACGAUGGCAAAGGUGUGAUGGAUGUCGUACCUCCCGGAUUCUACAAAUUCAUAUUGAAUUGUACCGGACCGGAUCAGCCCUCUUGGGGUGCAGUUGGUCUUUAUAAAAUUACAACCAAAUUUUUUUAA